AUGGCUCCCAGAAGCCAGGCUGUGCUUCACGCCAUGUUAGCACUUGCCGGGACCUACGUUCUCGACUACUUGCCUGAUGAGCGUGUGAGGCAACGGUCUAAUGCACAUUAUAAUGCUGCCGUAGGACUUCUGACGAAAGACUUGCGAGAAGAGGCAGAGCAGAGACCCGGCGGCGGCGAGAGCAUAGUCGCAGCCAUCGCUCUGCUGAAUAUGCUAGACGUCGUAUCGCCUGAACGUCGACGCUCCAAAAAGGAGGUUCCCAGAUGGCUGGAAGGCGCCCAGGUUGCAUGCAAGGUGCUUGAUGUUACUGACCCCGGUCACCGAUACUGGCACGUCAACAACGUACAGCCCUCCGAUGCCCGAGUCGCCAACACUGUCAUCACCAGUCGAGCUGUGGUCCUUGCCCUCCCCAUGACGCGCUUGAACAAGGCUAGCUCGGACAGCACGCACUUCCAGUGGCUCCUUCUGCAAAGUACGGAGGAGAACAGCCGCAAAAUCCACGGGGCUUGCGGCUGUGCGCCUCGGCUUCUGCAUAGGUUUGCCCUCAUCACUCACCUUGCUGCCCUGAUCGAGGAAGAGCCAGAGUCCAUCGUCCUCCCGGUCGGGGCCGAUGCCGUUGCUGAGGAACUCAAUGAAUUCCGUCAGUGGUCCGAAUUGAAUCGCGAAAGCCACAGCUCUGUAGAGGCGCUCCUCCGUAACUGCGACCUGCAGCUUAACCCUCAAGGCAUUGUCACGAACAAGGCCAGCAUGACCGACCUUACCGCAGAAGCUUGGCGGCUGGCAGCCAUUAUCUAUCUGCACUGUCGACUAUCGCGACUACCACGUUCGCAUCCAGACGUUGUUAAACAAAUGACAUACCUUGCAGCUUGCAUCAGGCGCAUGCCGACCUCAGGACCGCUAUUCACUGCUCAGGCCCCUUUCUUCCCUGUAUUCCUGCUGGGGCUUCUGGCUGUGCACCCUGAUCACAAGCUCUGUGCUGAAGGCUGGUUUCAGUCGGUGAUACGAACAUCUUGCCGAUCGCGUAUGAGGCGUUACAACGCAUUCGAGAUUGGAUGA